AGUUUUCCCGCCCAAUAAAUUAGGGUUUCUGCGAAAGCCACCAAAGCUUGUACAACCCACAAAUGGAGGUCGCUCAAAUCGCUCAGCUGCUGAGCGAGACGCUCAGUCCAGAUGGCAACGUUGUUCGCGCCGCGUCAGAAGCUCUUGAACGCCUCUCUGCAUGGCCGGAUUUUCCUUUCUCCCUCCUCUCCAUCGCCGCCGGAGGUGAAAGCCAAGGUAAAAAAGUUGCUGCUGCCACCUACCUUAAGAAUUUCACUAGGCGAAGUAUCAAUGACGAUGGUACAUCGUCGUCAAAAGUCAGUAAGGAGUUCAAGGACCAGCUCAUGCGAGCUUUGCUUCAAGUUGAACCGGCAGUUUUAAAAGUUCUGGUCGAAGUGUUUCGGGUCAUUGUUGCGGAUGAGUUUGUGAAGCAGAAUUCGUGGCCUGAACUCGUACCUGAUCUGCGGUCUGCUAUUCAAAAUAGUAGUCUUAUUAGCAAUAGUGCAGAUUGUAAAUGGAAGACCAUAAAUGCCCUCACUGUUCUUCAUGCAAUUCUUCGACCUUUCCAGUACUUUUUGAAUCCUAAAGUUGCUAAGGAGUCAGUGCCACCACAACUAGAGCUGAUUGCCAAAGAAGUUCUUGUACCCUUGCUAUCUUUAUUCCAUCAUUUGGUUGAAAAGGCGUUAGCUACCCAUGAUAGAACAGAAAUGGAAAUGGAAAUGGAGAAAAUCCUUCUCACUCUGUGCAAAUGCGUAUAUUUUGCUGUGAGGUCGCAUAUGCCAUCUACUUUAGCUCCUCUUUUGCCUUCACUUUGUAGCGAUCUGAUUGGCAUUCUGGGUUCUUUGAGUUUUAAUUGUGCUGUCAACAUGGAAGAUGGAUACUUGAUGAGAUUGAAGACUGGGAAAAGAAGUUUGCUCAUUUUCUGUGCUUUAAUUAGACGACACCGGAAGCAUUCUGAUAAGUUGAUGCCAGACAUCAUCAACUGUGUUUUAAACAUAGUCAAAUAUAGCAGAAAUAUCAGUGAGCUUGAUUUUUUAUCAGAUAGAGUUGUUUCUCUAGCUUUUGAUGUGAUUUCGAAUGUCCUGGAGACAGGCCCUGGAUGGAGAUUAGUUUCACCUCAUUUUACCUUUUUGUUGGACACUGCAAUCUUUCCAGCAUUAGUACUGAAUGAAAAGGAUAGUGCAGAGUGGGAAGAAGAUGCAGAUGAAUACAUACGGAAGAAUCUUCCAUCUGAUCUUGAAGAAAUUUCUGGUUGGAGGGAGGAUUUGUUUACAGCCAGAAAAAGCGCAAUAAACUUACUUGGUGUUAUUUCAAUGUCAAAGGGCCCUCCAGUGGGCACUUCUAGUAAUGGUUCUUCAGCUUCAUCAAAGCGCAAAAAAGGCGAAAAGAACAAGAGACAUGGUCAACGCCGUUCUAUGGGGGAGUUGUUUGUGCUUCCAUUUUUGUCGAAGUUUCCUAUUCCUUCUGAUGCAAAUGCAUCCCAAACUAGAAUUGUAAAUGAUUAUUAUGGUGUUUUGAUGGCACACGGUGGUCUGCAAGACUUUCUAAGGGAGCAAGAACCUGGAUAUAUAACAAGUCUUGUUUGCACUAGGGUGCUACCAUUAUAUAAGAUGUCUGUGUGCCUACCAUACUUGAUCGCCAGUGCAAAUUGGGUACUUGGAGAGCUUGCACCCUGUCUACCAGAAGAAAUGAGUGCAGAAGUAUAUUCUUCAUUGCUGAAGGCAUUGGCCAUGCCAGAUAAAGAAGAUACUUCUUGUUAUCCUGUCAGGGUUUCCGCUGCAGGAGCAAUUGCUACACUCCUUGAGAAUGACUAUGUGCCACCCGAGUGGUUGCCUCUUCUUGAAGUUGUGAUUGGCAGGAUUAAUAAUCGAGAUGAAGAAAGCUCCAUUUUAUAUCAGCUUCUCAGUUCCAUAGUGGAGGCUGGAGAUGAAAAUGUUGCAUUUCAUAUCCCAUAUAUUGUUUCAUCAUUGGUUGGUGCAAUCUCAAAGUUGAUACCUGCUAAUCCGGAGCCUUGGCCUCAAGUAGUUGAACAGGGCUUUGCAGCAUUAGCAGUGAUGGCUCAAUCUUGGGAAAACUUCAUGCCUGAAGAACUUGAACAAAAUGAAUUAAGUGAAACGUGGGCAUCUGGCCGAGCUACCAUUGUUAGAGCAUUCUCUGCUCUCUUGCAACAGGCAUGGCUCUCGCCUGUGCAUCAAUUGGAUCAGGAAGGUGAGGCUUCUCCCCCACCGUCAUGCAUAGAGGAUGCAUCAACGUUGCUCUUGUCCAUUAUGCUCUCUGUAACCGGAAGCAAUUUACUUCUAGAGCUUAAAGUGUCAGAGUUAUUGUUAGUUUGGGCUGAUCUAAUUGCAGACUGGCAUGCAUGGGAAGAAUCAGAGGAUUUAUCAGUUUUUGACUGCAUUAAGGAAGUUGUGAAUCUACACAGCAAAUAUGGGCUGAAGAAUUUUCUUGUAAGACGGAUGCCAUCCCCUCCAGCUCCACCUGUGCCUGAACGUUCUAUCAUUGAAGGCAUUGGUGUUUUUGUCAGUGAGGCAAUAUUACAAUAUCCAUCUGCAACAUGGAGGGCUUGCUCUAUGGUCCAUUUACUACUGCAUGUCCCAAGUUACUCAUCUGAAACAGAUGGUGUGAAGCAAUCGUUGGCAAUUGCUUUCAGUCAGGGAGCAUUUUCUCGCUUCCGAGAAAUCCGAAGCAAGCCUUGUUCACUGUGGAAGCCAUUGUUACUUGCUAUAUCAUCAUGCUACUUAUGUUAUCCUCAUGUGGUGGAGGGAAUUUUGGAGAAGGGUGAAGAUGGUGGCUGUGCAAUUUGGGCUUCUGCCCUGGGUUUUCUUCUCACCAGCGCCUGUCAAUCUGGUCUGUCAGCAACUUCUGAUAUAAAGUUGAUUGUGAUGGCACUUGCCCUGGUGGUUGAGCGGCUGUUGGGACUAGGAAACUCAAGUGGUGGUUUGUUGCAUGACUGCUUUACUUCACUGUUGGAGGCAUCUGUACGGCUGAAAGAAGUGCAGGAAGAAAAGGAAGGAGAUGAAGAUGAUGGAGAAGCUGAAAAUGAUGACAAUGAUAAUGAUGAUGAUGAUGAUGAUGAUGAUGUUGAUGAUGAAAUCGAAGACUAUGAUGAGGAGUCCGAGCCUGAGGAACAUGAAGAAACCGAAGAAGAAUUUUUGGAUAGGUAUGCUAAAGCAGCUUCUGCCUUGGAAAAUGGUACAGUUAUUGAAGAGGGGGAUGAGGAAGAUCAAGACCAUGAGACUGAGUUGGGUAAUUUGGAAGAGGUCGAUCAGGGGAGAGUUGUGUUGUCAUUGAUUGAGAAGUACCACCAUGUUCUCAUACAAGGACAGGCAUUGCCAUUGCAGGCCAUAUCACGUUUCCUGAAUGCCUAUCCUGAAUGUAGUUUAUACUUCCAGCAAUCCAGGUGAGAAUGAUUUUUUGGUUAAAUGGCGAGGUUUGUAAGUGGAAAAGGAGAAAAGCUUUUUGGUAGAGUUUUGCGGUUAGCAGUUAAUAGUCAGCGCUGGAUUAUUUAUCGGGGAGAGGAAGCUUUAUAAUUUUGAUAAUUUCUGAAAUUUGACCUAUAUAUUUGUUGACCGACCACACUGGAUGUGCUUUUUUUUUUCU